CCCAAAACGUUGGAGCCCUCUUAACCGUCCAGGUGAAGAAAGACAAAUAAUUUGGGAAACUGUUAAACUAAUUUCAACCAUUUUUUCUUCUCUAGGAAAAUUUGGACCUCAUAAUUUUUUCUGGUCAUCACUUUUUAAUUGAAAUUUCACGACAAAAAAUCACACCCUCUCCUGUACAUUCAAUUCUCUACCAAAUCUUCAAUUCCAAAAUUCCAAACCUUUUUCGUCCUAGUACAUAUUUGAUAUUUCUUUCUCUAAAUUUAAUUCUGAAUCUUCAAUCUUCAACUUUUUUGAAACACCCACAACCUGUUUGUUAAAAUUCCCCAGUGAACAUCAUUUACUAAUCUGAUCAUACUUUCAGAUUCUGAACAUCUGGGUGUUUUUCAUUUCCUGUGAAUUUAAUUGGGUUGUAAUUUGUUUGUAACAAAAAUGGUGGGAACUUUCUCUCUCCUGAGUUCCCCUGUCAUAGAUUCUGCACAUACUUGUCCAUGUAUUUGUUUGGAUACUAUGAAUUCAUCUAGUAUGAAUCUCAAAAGCAGUGGAGAUUUUGGAUUAGGCAGAAAAUCAAUGGAUAAAAAGCAAUUAAGGAGCAGGCAGAUUGAAUCACUAGAUUUGAGUAGUUCUUUUGUUGAUCCAGGGAAAGAAUUUUUGGGUAUUGUGAAUAAGAGGAGCUUAAGAAAGCAAACAAAAGUUAGAAGCCCUGUUAUUGUUAAUAACCUUGGAGGGCAGUAUGAGGACAAUUUUGAGGAUGUUAAGACGCAAUUACUCAAUUAUUUUACUUACAAAGCUUCAAGGACUGUUCUAAACCAGCUUUAUGAGAUGAACCCUCCUGAAUAUACAUGGUUCUAUAAUUUCCUUGUUGCUAACAAGCCUGGGGACGGGAAGGUCUUCAUCCGUAAACUUGGAAAGGAAAAACAAGAGCUUGCAGAAAGAAUAAUGGUAACACGCCUUCAUCUCUAUGGAAAAUGGAUUAAGAAAUGUAACCAUGGUGAAAUAUAUCAGAACAUAUCAGAAGAAAACUUGGAGUUGAUGCGAGAAAGGCUACUGCAGACCAUUAUAUGGCCUUCAGAUGACACAAACACAGAAAAGAUCGGAUGAACAUCCGAUAGGCGAUAACAUCUAUUUUUCGCUAUUCUAUCUGGUGUCAUUUUAUCUUCAUUAAAAAGAUGAAGAUGAACAACACAAUGCUGCAUUUUGUAGACGCUGUUGUAUAUAGUAUUGGUUGUUUUAGCCUUUAGGUAUAUUGUAAGAAAUUUUAUUUUCAUGCUCACCUUAUUAGAUUGUAUUAAAUUUUAAACCCAAAUGAUAUUUCUUCAGGUUUUCAUAAAGUCUUGUUUGUUUUGGUUGAAA